AUUGACUUCUUAAAAAUCUUCCUUGCCGUCUCUGCUACCCCAAAGCACCGUAUACUUUCGGUAACUGUUAAAAAAAUUCAGUCUUUUUUCUCCCCUUUAUGAAUCUUGAAAUUCAUGAGUUUUUACUGAAUGGGUUGAUCUAGAUUGUGGAAUUUUCUGUUGAUUUAAGUUAAAGAUUGGAUUUUUUUCAGUUUCUUGAUUUAACCCCCAAAUGGUCUGUUGUGAGAGUUCUGUACUGCCAGUUGACCAAGAAAUAACAGUGGCUAAAUCCCAGCAAUUGGGGAAAAUGAAUCAAAUCCAAAAGAAAAAGAACAUGCCUAAUUCCAAGAAUUAUUCUGGUUGUCAGCAAUCUCGUUAUGCUUUGAUUGAUGUAAUGAUUUUGAUUGCUGUGAUUGGUGCUUGUGGGGUUUUGCUGUAUCCUUCUGUUAAUCUUUUGGUGAAUAAAAUAUCUGAAUUUAUCAGAUUGAUCAGUUCUGAGUUGAAAGAAGAGAUUUUUGAAGCUCCAGGUUUAUACAUCUGUUUAGGACUUAGUAUUUUAUUUGCUGGAAUAGCUCUUUGUGCAGUUGUAGUAUGUACUGGCAGGAGAUGUGGGAAACCAGGUUGUCCUGGGCUUAAGAAAGCUGCUGAAUUUGAUAUUCAAUUAGAGACAGAAGAUUGUGUUAAGAACUCAAAUCUUACAGCAGCAAAAGAUGGAGUUAAUAAAAAGGGAUUAUUCAAGUUACCUCGCGAUCAUCAUAAAGAAUUGGAAGCUGAGCUUAAAAGGAUGGCACCUCCUAAUGGAAGAGCUGUACUGAUAUUUCGAGGGAGAUGUGGAUGCUCUGUAGGUACAAUGGAAGUGCUUGGACUGAAAAAGACUCGAAAGGUUAAGAAAUAGGAGUAAUGUUGUUUAUCUGUAAAACAUAUUUUAUACUGAAGCAGGCCUAAUGAUCAGAUAUUAUAAGAAGAUACUAUUUCCUACAAUAAGCUUAUUGAAAUAAAUUUGAUGAAUUAUAUUUGUAUAUUGGAAUCA